UCAGAAGGUGGCGGUAGUGUGCAACACAAGAAGGCUUACCGACUGUCAUUAAACCAAAGGAAAAAAAGAGGAAGAAGAAGAAGCAAAAUAGGAGCGUGUCUGACACAACGAAGAGGUUGCGUUUGACGAGCACAAAAUGGGGAACAGAGACGAUGAAUAUGAUUUCUUGUUUAAAGUCGUGCUUAUAGGAGACUCUGGGGUGGGGAAGAGCAACCUCCUGUCCCGUUUCACGAGAAAUGAGUUCAACCUGGAGAGCAAGAGCACCAUUGGGGUGGAGUUUGCCACUCGCAGUUUACAGGUGGACAACAAAACCAUCAAGGCUCAGAUUUGGGACACCGCCGGACAGGAGCGCUACAGAGCCAUCACCUCGGCGUAUUACCGCGGCGCAGUCGGGGCUCUGUUGGUUUACGACAUCGCCAAACACCUGACGUACGAGAACGUGGAGCGCUGGCUAAAGGAGCUAAGGGAUCACGCCGACAACAACAUCGUAAUAAUGCUGGUCGGCAACAAAAGCGACCUACGACACCUCAGGGCCGUUCCCACUGACGAGGCUCGAGCUUUUGCAGAGAAGAACAGAUUGUCAUUCAUUGAGACGUCAGCGUUGGACUCGACAAAUGUAGAAGAGGCCUUCAAGAGUAUUUUAUCAGAAAUCUACCGCAUCGUGUCACAGAAGCAGAUAGCCGACAGGUGUUCACAUGACGAGUCUCCCGGCAACAACGUCGUGGACAUCAGCGUCCCGCCAACCACCGACGGCCACAAGAGCAACAAAAUGCAGUGCUGCUAGAAUGUGAUAUUUGUCCCUCCUCUUCUCAUCCUCACCAUCAUCUACCCUGAUGUUACCUCAGCUAAGCACUUUUGCCUUCCCUCCUCACUCUCUCACUACUUCGGCCACUAAAGACGUGCCCAGAAGCCUUUUGCGGUAAAGAAUGUGAACGGUGUUUACUGAGCUUGCCAUGAAGCAUUUCACUUCUGACCACUAGAUGGUGCUGUGCAAAUCAUGUAUUGGCAGCCACUUCCCAGUGAGGCAGGCAGUAUUAUUGAAUUCUGUGUCUAUUGAAAUACUAUUGAUAAUAGUUGUCACUGUUUUGUUGAUUUAAUGACUGGUUAUGUUUACAAUAAAAUAAAAAGCCAUUCCAUCUUG